UGUGCAUGGACUGGGGGGAGGGGGAUCUGAAGGGUGUGAAACAAGCCCCCACAAUUCGGGUCUGAAAUUGGGACAAAAAUUGCAGUUCCACCCUCAUCCACUAGGGGCUGGUGUCAGAAGCGAGCAAAUCCUCAUUGACUCCCAUGUUAAAAAUACCAAUUUCACAGCAGAAAUAAACAUGUUUACAGCCUGGUACCAGAACAUGUUUUUGGUUUAAAUGAUCUAGUUUACACUCAUGACAACUCUGAGGGGGGUGAAUGUUUUUCUCACUCUUCUGUUUAAGUGUAUUAAAAGCCUAAAAUUCUGUAUAAUUAAUGAGCAUCAGACCCACGUGACCACAGAGCUAGCUCCGGGGAAAGGCCUCAGUAGAGCCUCGGUCUGGCCUGGAAACUGCUCCGGGAUUUUGAGUCUCUGUGUGUGUGUAUUCUGUUUUGGAUAUUUUUUGUGCAACUGUUGGACAAAAUGACUUGCUGUGGCAUUAAUUGCACUAAUAGAGCGUCCAAGGAGUCUCCACUUCAUUUUUAUCGGUAAGUAAAAUUACAUUUAUGUAUUUUAGGUCACUGCUGCUUUUGCACUAGCUGAGCUUAUCAGAGUAGCUAGCUAACUACCAUUUUAACAUGUGAAGAAGAAGAAGAAGAAAAUAUCAUUUCUAUAGCGCCUCUCAAGAUAAAAAUCACGAGGAGCUUCACAAAAACAAAAAAAAUGUUAAAAUAUAAAAAAGCAUUUAAAAAAUGUUUAAAAAUAUAUUUAAAAUGAGCAAAAAUAGGCAAUUGGGAUUUAAAAGAAAAACUGUUGAGAGAGAGUGAAUAGGAAGGAGGGAAAAGUGCUGUUAAACCAUGAAAUUUAGAUGUAAUACGGUAAAAUAAUUAAUAGGGUAUAUGUGUGGAUGGGUGUAAAACCCAGUGCAUUUCACAUAAAAAUGGGUUGAAAUAUGACAUGUUGGGGGAGCUCUCGGAGGGACACUUCUGUGUUCCAUCCUUCCACCCGGUUCUCCCCAGCGGUCAGCCCGGCGCAUCUCUGACGGCUUCGGCGCCUGGCUGCUGCGCGGGCUGACCGCUUGUGGAGCUCUCGGACUCGGAGAGAGACCUGACCACAGAAAUACUGCAGCUCGGUGAGUUGGUUGAUAGUGCUUGAUGUUGGUCUCCAGAAGUCUGUAUGCCAUCAGAUAAACUCGCUCGCUUUAUUUAUUUAUUUAUUUUAGCAUAUUUGUAAAAUUGUGGUGGUGGGGAGCGACUAAAUAACUAAUCUGUCCACAAAGAGCCGCGACCGGGUGCCCUGUUCUCAUGGGAACUAGUGCAGUUUAAUCAAAUGAAAAGUAGUUAAUAAAAUUGAUUAUUAAAAGGUUCAUAUCCUAUCCAAUAAGGCGAUAGACUCAAGUGUUUGGUUUUAUAUUGUUUUUUAUAAAUAUGCAUUUUGUAUUACUCUUUAUCCUAAUUUUAGACCUUUUACUACAGGCCAGGAUAAGCUGUUAAGUAUUUUAAACCCAUAUGCUUAAGUAGUUCUUUGUAUGAAGUUUUCCUCUAGGUGAUCCAGAGAGGCUUGACCUUUGGGUAAGCAACCAAAGAAGAGAGUGCAGGACUCCCAGUUCACACUCCCGCUUGUGCAGUGAACACUUUGAGAGUCAUCACUUCACCACGGACUCCAGGGGGAGACGUUGCCUGAAGGACACACCUGUACCUACAAUCUACUCUUCCUUUAAGGUCAAAAACAUCUUCUAAGAAGGAAAGUACAGAUCCAGAAUGCGGAGAAGAGAAUGAAUCCUCUGGGUCAUCUGAGACAUUCACAUGUCUUUGCCGCUGUCCACCCUCGACGGUCCUUAGGCCCCGCUGGGGCUCUGUCUGCCACCUCGAGCUCCACCCCUUGCCCCUGCCCUCAGUAGUGACUCUGUCAGAGGGGAGGAAAGGCAAGUUUGCCCCCGUAAAUAUGCCUGGAUGGAGGGCUCAGUGGCGUCUCAUCCUGCUGAACUCCCUGACCUGUGGCCUGGAGAUCUGUGUGGCAGCUGGGAUCACAUAUGUGCCCCCCCUACUGUUGGAGGCUGGGGUAGAGGAGCGCUACAUGACCAUGGUGCUAGGUAUCGGUCCAGUUCUUGGCCUCCUUUUCAUCCCUCUGAUUGGCUCGGCCAGUGACCACUGCAACAGCAGUUAUGGCAGGAGACGGCCCUUCAUCUGGCUGCUGUCCAUGGGAGUUCUUCUGGCGCUCUUCAUCAUCCCGCACGCGGAUGUUCUGGCAGCACGUCUCGCCUGGCGUGGACACACCCUCCAGGUGGGCUUCCUUAUCUUUGGCGUGGGACUUCUGGACUUUUGCGGACAAGUCUGCUUCACGCCGCUGGAGGCUCUUUUGUCGGACCUUUACCGGGAAGAAGAGGAGUGUGGCCAAGCCUUUGCCAUGUUCUCCUUCAUGGUCAGCUUAGGAGGCUGUGUGGGAUAUUUGCUACCAGCGCUGGACUGGAGUCAUGGCCUGCUCUCUGCUUAUCUAGGAGGCCAAGCCGAGUGCCUUUUUUCCAUCCUCAUCUUCAUCUUCGUCUCCAGUGUGUUCAUCACCAUGAAGAUGUCUGAGGAGGUGUCGUGUGCCAGCAGCAGCGUCAGUGGAACUGGAUCUUUAAAGGAGUCGGGGGCCGGCUCGAUGGAGGCAGGCUGUCGUGGCGUUCCUCGCUCGUGCUGCUACCUGCUCAAGUGCAAGCUGAGACUUCUCAAGGCCAGACCCCUGCUCUGUCUGCUGAGAACAUGCUGGUCCAUGACCCCAGCUAUCUUCAGGAGCUACUGUCACGUCCCGCGGGUGGUGAAGCUGCUGUGCAUGGCCCAGCUCUGCAGCUGGGUGGCUGUCAUGUCUUUUAUGCUUUUCUACACAGACUUUGUGGGAGAAGGCCUGUAUGAGGGCGUUCCCAGUGCGUUACCUGGAAGCAUGUCUAGGCAAAGAUAUGAUGAAGGAAUCCGAAUGGGCAGUCUGGGCCUGUUCCUCCAGUGCGCUACCUCAACCUUCUUCUCUCUGGUGAUGAGUCGCUUGGUUCGCCGUUUUGGAUCACGAAGGGUUUAUCUGAGCAGCAUGGUGAGCUUCACCAUCUCCGCUUUGGUCAUCUGUCUGUCCAAAAGCGUUGUCCUGGUCACCGCGAUGGCAGCUCUGACUGGUUAUGCUUAUGCAACGCUGCAGACUCUGCCAUAUAUCCUCACCUGCCACUACCACCAGGAAAAAGAGGUGUACAUGCCAAAAAGGAAAUCCAAAAGUCUGCAUAAAAAUGGCAUAGCAGCCGCUCGGGACUGCUCCUAUUUGACUCUUGUGCAGGAGGAGGAGGGUCUCCUCAACCACAACGCAGCUCCUUACGUGCAUCCCUUCCUCAGCCAGGCCAGUUAUGAAAGCGUUCCCAUCCCACAGAGCCCGAACGGCUCGUCCUCUUGUCCCAGCGGCAGCGAGCAGGAGGAGGCCGAGUCGGGAUACGAGACGCGCGGUGUGGGCUUGGACUUUGCCAUCUUGGAUAGCGCCUUCCUCCUCUCUCAGGUUUUUCCCUCCCUCUUCAUGGGAAUGAUUGUUCAGUUUGCACAGUCUGUUACUGCCUACAUCGCCUGCUCUGCCAUCUUCGGAGCCGUCGCCGUCUACCUAGCUUGUCACAUCGUGUUUGACCAAAAGGACCUCCGAAGUGAACUCUUGUAAAAGACACGGGAGUGAUGGAAUCACUAAUAAUCGUUCAGGUUCCUGGAAUGGAACUCGACAGUGCACUAGUUUUCCCAGAAUGCCUUGUGUUAGCACCAAGUGAGGUGGGCCAUGCGAGACGUGGCUCGAGACGGGAAUGACGCGCGUGUCCUCCUGCUCCAGCAGAAACACACAGGUCUUUUUAUGACGUUUGUUGUCCUCAGGUACCGUAGAGUUACUGAAGAUGUCGACAACCUCAAACACAGAGCUAAUGAAAUAUUUUUAAUGUCAAUCUUAUUAUGAUCCAUCGCCAGUUUUAAAGGGCUCCGCGUUUCACCUUCUGGAACACGGUUAAGGUGUGAUGAAGGCUUGUUCACGCGCUUCUCUCAGGUGGUCAUUAGGUUAAGUUCUCUGCUUCGUAUCUGCACUCACUGACCUGCCUGUAUAAGAAAGACCACCAUGUUCAUGCAUCCAUUUCCAAACGUGGAUAAAUUCAACAUUUUGAGGCUUGAAAUAACUUUGACAUCACAAAGACAUCAAGGUUAGCUGAUCUAGGCGUCAUCCUUGUAUAUCUGGCUAAUUGCUCUCUAUGAUGAGUAAACGAAACGUAAAACGUGUACAGCUGAUGAAUUCAGCCACACCCGGAACGCUGCUCUAGCUUCGCCUCAUUCGACACCACUUGAAGAGAUUUACGGAAAGUAUUUUGUACACAAAUUGACUCUAUAUUAAUCCCUGUGGGAACUCCGUUAUGCAGCCUGCUGAGGUGAUUGGGUGAACUGUGGUUGAAGAAAGAAGCUAUGUAAACAAACUGCAAUACUGCGUCCCACGUUGUGUGUGUUCUACCUGCUACUAGCGUACGCCUCUGACCCGGACAGCUGUCUCUGCUUAACACCUUGUGUAGCGCCUCCGGUCUGGUUACAGGUUACCGCCGAGUCGCGUUCCCUGCUGCGUAAACCCUCGUGUCUCGCUGUACGUUCAAACGACAAUCUAGGACAUCCAGAUGGGCGUGUUACGUAAAGCUGCGGGGAGACAUGCGGCGGCGUCUCAUGGAUACCCACUUCUUAGCAACCAUUCCUGAAAAGACCAAAAAAUGAAGAAUAAAAGGUUCAGCAGUGAGUGGAAACCGAAGCUUGUGGUGUGUGUGUGUGUGUGUGUGUGUGUGUGUGUGUGUGUGUGUGUGUGUGUGUGUGAGCGUGUGUGAGCGUGUGUGCGUGCGAGCGUGUGUGUGUGUGUGAGCGUGUGUGUGUGAGCGUGUGCGUGCGUGCGUGCGUGCGUGUGUGUGUGUGUGUGCGAGCGUGUGUGUGUGUGUGUGUGUGUGUGUGAACGUGUGUGUGUGUGUGUGUGCGUGUGUGUGUGCGCGUGUGUGUUAGUGACUUGACUGAUGUCUCAUUUUCGCUGCGUUGACUUGUCCAAACACGACUGGAUGUUGGACUGAUGGGAAGUGUCACCAGAAGGAUUUUCAUCCUUUACGGCGUUAAUAAUCCACGCAGAACGGCGUUCUUCUGCAGAGUUCUGCUCAGUGUGGUGUUAUUACUGCAUCAUUCAGCCCUCCAGAGUCCCAAGUUACCCUGUUUUCCCCUUUGAACUGAAAUGGAAAUCUGUCAGAAAAUGUGGGUUUUACAAGUGCCUGUAUAUUUUUAGAACAUUUGUUUAUUUAUUAUGCUUUUCUUACAAAAUCGUGUGUUAAGCUAUUGAAAUGUCCAGCAUCAAUAAUUAGAUAAAUUAUUUGUAUAAGGGUGGUAGGAUCUUCAGAGCUAUAAUUUAUUUCCACUUGGCAGAUUUGAUUUUGAAGCUCUGUUUCGGCCUUUUGCAGCGAGUUUCAUCGGUAGGAGCAAAACUGUGACUUCUGUCAUUUCUGGUGUUUUUGAUCCACCGGUGCAAAUAAGGCGUCUCAUUUAAAUCAUCUUUAUCUGUAAAUUGUUUUAUUUUAUUUCUUUAUUUUACAGAUUUGAUUAACCGAUGCACACAAGUAGGUGGUUGACUUUUAUUUUUGAAACUUUUAAAGUAAAAAGUGCCAACUGUCCAAACUUUGUGAAGGCCAGAUUUAUAUUUUAUGAUUUUACAAAAUGCUUUUCUCUUGUUGGUUGUGGCAAAGAAGUAAUUUUCAUUAGAAAUCUAUUAAAUGUGUAAAAAUAUGCAGCUACCAAACAGUUUAUACAGAAUAAAAUAACUGCAGUGUCAAAAGGA